AUGGCAACUCAGUCAACAGAGUGCGUUCUCUCUCAAAUGUUAAUUGAUAAAUCAAAAUGUUCUUUAGCAAAUGUCCAUCAACCAUCGUACGAUCGUACCAAACUCAAACAUGGUAUUGUUCAUUUGAGUGUUGGUGCAUUUCAUCGCGCUCAUCUCGCUUAUUAUAUGGAUCUAUUGGCAUCGGAGCAUAAUCUGACGGAUUGGGGAAUUGUUGGCGUUGGUGUCCGAUCAUGUGAUAAGCCUAUAAGUGAUGCAUUACAGUCUCAAUCCGGUUUAUAUACAUUACUUUGUAAAGGUAGCGAUGCAAACGACGUGAAUGUGAGAAUCAUUGGAUCAUUAACUAAAUACUUAUUUGCGCCCGACUCACCCGAUGCUGUUCUUGAUGUCAUGUCGCAUCCUGAUACAAAAAUUGUGUCAAUGACAAUAACAGUAUGUGGCUACGAUUUAGAUGUAAAUAGUGGCGAUAUCCAACAUGAUCUCAAAAAUCCAAGCCAUCCCAAAACCGUAUUCGGCUUUAUUGUGCAUGCAUUGAACAAACGAAAAAAUGCGGGUAUUUUGCCAUUUACGGUUAUAUCAUGUGAUAAUGUGCAAAUGAAUGGUGAAGUAAUAAAAAGAUGUAUACUAUCAUUCGCCAAAGAAUUGAACAAUCAAGAUCUUUUGUCCUAUAUUCAAUCCAACGUCACCUUUCCUUCAACUAUGGGUAAGGCAAGGCAACAACGUCUAAUUGAGACGUGA